GAGGAAUUCGGUAAAAUAAAUAAAUAAAUAAAUAAAAAUAAGCACUUCAGCAGGCGAGGGGGAGGGAAGGGAAAGGAAGGAAAAGCCAGAGGCUGAGAGAGAUCUCUGGCUCUGUCCGUCUCUCUCUUUUUUUCCAUUGAAAAUUAAAAAAAAAUAGAAACCUUCUUUUUGUUGCUUGGGAUCUCUGCUUCUCUUUCUCUUUGAAUCUCCAAAUGGGUUUGUGGGAAGCUUUUCUCAAUUGGCUUCGCAGCCUCUUUUUCAAGCAGGAAAUGGAGCUAUCUUUGAUAGGACUUCAGAAUGCUGGAAAAACUUCAUUAGUAAAUGUUGUCGCAACUGGUGGAUAUAGUGAAGAUAUGAUCCCUACGGUUGGAUUCAACAUGAGGAAAGUGACAAAAGGAAAUGUUACAAUUAAGUUAUGGGAUCUUGGUGGUCAACCUAGGUUUCGCAGUAUGUGGGAACGAUACUGCCGUGCAGUUUCUGCUAUUGUUUAUGUGGUCGACGCUGCUGAUCCUGAUAACCUGAGUAUCUCAAGAAGUGAGCUUCAUGAUUUGCUGAGCAAAUCCUCACUUAGUGGCAUCCCUCUUCUGGUGCUAGGCAACAAGAUUGACAAGCCAGGAGCUCUGACAAAGCAGGCUUUGACUGAUGAAAUGGGACUAAAGUCAAUUACUGACAGAGAAGUAUGCUGCUUCAUGAUAUCAUGCAAGAACUCAACCAACAUUGACUCGGUUAUUGAUUGGCUUGUAAAGCAUUCCAAAUCAAAGAGCUGAAAAAGGCUUGUGUUUUUUUAUUCUUCCUUUCUUUUCUGCUGAAUCUGUGUUUCAUAAUUCAAGUUUCCGAAGGGAUACAAUUUGUGUUGCUUGAGAAUUUCAUUUUUGGUUUUUCUCUUAACUUAUUUUCUGAUUGUUUAAUAUCGUGUUCGCGUCGUGUACUGUACACUAGAUCAUCACAUUUUUAAUUGAAGUAGGAUGAAUCUUUCUCUUAGCA